AUUGAAGAGGAGCUGCAAUAGCGUCUAAAACGUGUAAACCGUCUAAAACAACUCUGUACCACUUCACCUUCUUCCUCUAUUCCUUCCGACUUGGAAGUUGAUAGAGAAUCAUCUUUCUACAAAACGCCCCACCAUACCUUCUUCCGUCUCGUGAUCUCGUUCCGACAAUUACCUCCUAAAUCUCCAACGUCCGACGGAGCCGUUACAGAUAAUAAGGGUAUAGCUCUUCAUAACUACGAGAUCGUGAAACGAAUUCAAACAAAAGACCACCUAGGUACCUUCCUGGUACCACGGAACGUAAUAUACAAAGUAGCGAUCAUAUUUGAAGUCAUGCGCCUAAUGUGGACGUCUCGAUGAGCUUGCCUUCCCCGGAGAAAGACGAUGGGGCUGUCAGUAUGGACGAUGAUCACCUAGAUCUAUCUCCUGAUGGAGAUGCGGCAUCAAGCGACGAGGAGACAAUUAAGCCGGAACACGAUGCGGAAGAUGAGCACACAGAGGAGGGAGUUGAAGGGGAGUCAAAGAGCGUCGCCUCCGAUCAGAGUCUAGGAAAUCGAGCUGUCGCGAAUCGGUAUCGCCAACUCCUACGAGAUCGCGAUGAUGAUGAUGCUUUGGAAGCAGGAUCCAGCGAGGGUCUACCUCGAAGACCCGGGAGCCCCAUUGGUUCCUUACUUUCUGUGCCCGAUGAUUCUCCCUCGCUCCAAGGUUCCAUGAUAUCCUCUCCUGGGAGUAGUAGAGUACCUUCUCUCGCUUCUCGCGCUGGGCUUAACAGUCCCACACCCUCAUUCAGGCCCUUUGAUAGGCGGUUUCAAUCUCGCAUAGCUUCACCUUCGGCGUUGUCUCCUCGACCGUCUUCGCCUGCUUUUCUGGCGGGACAUAGCAGGCAGGAGUCCAUAAGCAGCCAAUUUCCACUGGAAUCUAGCGAGACCGAAACUCCUACGCCGCCGUGGGAGGUCGUACGAUGGACUAAACUAAAGAAGCUAAACGGACAGACAUUUUCUGAAGCUGGAAGGCGCAAUUUUGGCUCACCUACCUGUAUAGCUAUUUCUGCGUCCAUCGUGUUGGGCACCACGAAAGGCAUAAUCCUAAUGUUCGAUUAUAAUCAAAAUCUAAAGAUUAUCAUUGGCCCAGGCACAAAAGCUGUUGAAUCUGGACCCAUCACCGCUAUUGCUAUAUCCGCAGAUCACACAACGAUAGGCGGUGGCCAUGCGAGCGGUGACAUAUUCACGUGGGAUACCAGCCGAGUCUCUCGCCCCUUUCUCCAUAUUCCUCCCCUGGAUUCAACUCAACUACAAAAUCGGGCAAUGGACGGUCAUAUGCCUAAUGUGGCAAUAACUCAUCUAGGAUUUCUGGGCACUAGGCACACUGCUCUAGUCUCCGCCGAUGACCGCGGAAUGGCAUUCUCUCAUCUUGCGACGCGUGGCACCGGCGCUCUCGGGCGGACGGUCAAGACGGUAAGGAUAUUAGGUCGCUAUCCAGAUGCUCCGCCUCCCACGUCAGGCAAGCCCCUGAAACCCAGCACUGUCUUGGCCUUUUCUCCGUUGCCGCUUGGGAAUGUGGAACGGGCGACAGAUACGAUGGGUCUUACGGCAAUGCUUACUCCCUAUUUACUAGUCAUAGUCUCGACGACGCCAGUUGCGCAGACACAGCACAAGUCGGCCAGGCCAAGAGACGUAGCACCACACAGCGCUAUGACUGGCUGUCUGGCGUGGUUUCCGGCUGUCAAACUGAAAGUGCCCGAUCCUGUCACUGGUAGCACUAUAUCCAAAGUCAAAUUAGUCUACUGCUGGUCGAAUGUGCUCACCGUCCUAGAUGUGGAUGAGAUACCUACGAACGACAGGGAUAAACCUCCCGCCCUCAAAUUCAAAGCGCGCAGCAGAUGGACUUGCGAAGAAGCAAUCGUAGCAGUACAAUGGCUCAGCCGCUCUGUUUUGACUGUCUUGACGAUCACGCAGAGACUCAUUGUCCUAGAAGAUCGCUCGAUGAGGAUGACGGAGGCUUUUGAUCUGAUCCAUAAGUAUAUCUAUCAUGCUGAUCUCUUUUCCGCCCAAUUACACAAUUUGGUUGAGCAGCUCGACGAAGACGACACGUCAAUGCACGGUGUUGUCGCAGAUGCUUUCUAUAUGAGCUUCAAGGCGUAUAAGGGCCGCAUCUUCCUACUAGGGUUCAAUGAUGUAUCCAUCGGUGCGUUAUCGAACUGGGCUGAUCGACUAAUAGCGUUGAUGGAAAACGGCGAUUAUAUUGGUGCAAUACAGUUAGCAACAACAUACUACACUGGGGAUGCAAAUAAACUAACCGUCGGCCUUCCGGAAGAUGCUACCCUCAGACACCGAAUGGUACGUGAUAAGGUGAUGGAGAUCAUGAGUGCAUCCCUGAAAUAUGCAUUCGGUCAACGGCAGAAAAACAAGGCAUCGGUAGACGAUCAGCAUCUGCGACAACUCGCAGAAACCUGUUUUAUCGCCUGCCAAAGUGUGGGAGACCAGGAUUUCCUUUUUGAUGAGAUGUACGAAUGGUACGAAGACGCCGGUGUCGAGGGUAUCUUUUUAGAGGUGUUAGAACCGUAUAUUCUCGAAAAAACGAUACUUAUCGUACCGCCUACCGCCGUUAAGGCUAUGGUUACUCACUACGUCGGUAAAGGCUGGGAAGGCCGCUUGGAAGAGGUUAUAUGUCAUAUGGAAACUGCCACUCUCGAUAUCGACCAGAUAACUUCGCUUUGCAAGCAGCAUGGUCUUUAUGAUGCCCUUAUUUACGUCUGGAAUCAGGCGUUAUUUGAUUACAUCACGCCUCUUAUCGACCUCCUUACUCUACUAAUACCUCUGGUACAAAACACAGAAUAUACAAAUUCCGGAGAUUUAAUGGAAGAUGAGAUAUCUGGGGUUAAUGCGCUUAAGAUGUUCCCAUAUCUCUCUUACACAUUAACCGGAAGGGUAUACCCUACGGGUGAUAGGAUGGAAGAUGGAGUCGCUUCUCAGGCCAAAGCUGAGCUCUACUGGUUUCUCUUUUCCGGGAAGAGUAUAAGCUGGCCUAAGGGCAGCGGCAAAGUAUUUCUCACACGUCCGAAAGAAGCGGAAGAACCAUCUUUCCCAUAUCUAAGGAUGAUACUGCAGUACGACGCGCCGAGUUUCUUAAGCGCGCUGAACGAAGCGUUUGAAGAUUCCUUUCUGAACGAAUCUCAGGAGAAACAACUCAACGGUGGGACCAGAAAAGACUUACCAGAAGAACAAAUAUUCGGCUUAACUGUCGACCGCCAGUACGUCAUGUCUAUUCUAUUAGAGAUCAUGAACCCGAACGACUUUGCACCAGAGGAUACUAUAUAUCUGGAUAUGUUCAUAGCGCGGAAUCUUCCUAAAUUCCCGCAAUAUCUUCUCAUAUCAGGUUCUACACUUGACAAAGUCCUCGCUGGGUUAUGUAACUAUCCUGGUAUAGACUUAGCCGAAGACGCCCAAUUGAGUGCGGAAUAUCUACUCUCUAUAUACCAGCCGCCAGACAUAUCAGCAAUGAUACCCCUAUUCAAGAAGGCAUGCUUCUAUCGUAUCCUAAAGCGGAUAUACAGGAAUGACAAGCAGUACGGAAAGCUAUUGCAGACCUACUUUGAGGAUCCAGAAGACCAAGUAGACGUUUUCGACUGCGUCGCGGAAUGUUUACGGCCCCAGGCCAAUCUUACCAAGAGACAAAUCCAAGAUGUGCACGACGUUAUUAAGAAUAACUCGCGGGACUUUGUCGAGCUCGACCCGAUAAAGGCGGCCCAGAUCAUAGCCGCGUAUGCACCAGACCUACAUAGGUUUGUCGUGGACUCACUUGAAGAUGGGUCGGAGUUGCAGUUCGCGUACCUUCAGGCUCUACUUGAGCCCGACUCUGAAACUUCAGGACAACCAGCUGCAAAUUUAGACAGAGAUUUCAUUGAGCAAUACGUCCAGCUUAUGUGCCGGUAUAAUUCUUCACAUGUCUCAGAUUACGUCGGUAUUGUACAAGCUACCAAUCUAAGGCUCGACAAGCUACUACCGGCUAUGGAAGAUACCGGUGUCGUGGACGCAGUAGUUAUCCUCAUGGCCCGAGAAGGACAAGUUCAAGAUGCAAUGGGCCGCCUAACUAAGCAUUUGGGAACUCUAGAGUCAGCUCUCAAGGGACUAGUGGCAAAUGCAGAUGAGCAUUUCGAGGACGUAGACGUCAAGGAGUCGGCCGAAGAUCUUCUCAGGGGACUGCAGAAGUAUACGCAUGUUGGUAUCUGGCUGUGCCAGGGACAAAUGAAGAUGGCUAAGAAGCUCAAUGCGGUCGGUCGACGAAACUCGCCAUCGCCAAGCGAACUUACCUCCGAUGAAGCAUUAUGGCUCGAGUUAAUAGAUACCACGGUUCAAAUCACGCGGCGUUUAUCAUCUGUUGUCACGCCAUCUAAACCGAUCAGAGUCUCUAGUACUGCUUCUCCAUCCCCGGUUCUCGAUAGCGAUAAGCUCGUGGGACUCCUGCGCUCCCUCGUUCAGCACACAUUCACGGCGCUUAUGACAGCAACAUCCACUCAGAAUGGGACCCUUCCUACCAACCGUAUAGCGAGCUCGGGGGGCAGUCUCACGUUUCUUCGGAUCCUCCGAGGCUUCCUAACUCGAGCAGCUGCCACUUCGCCUAACCUUGCAGACCUACGAGCUGUUCUAACUUCGAUUUUCUCAGCAUAUGCAUAUGAGGAAUCCAUCUUACAGCUUUCAAAUAGGCUCUUGGAGCAGCAGCUUUUCGUCAACGUUAAAGAGGCGGUAGAGCUCCGCCAACGAGGAUGGCGACCUAGAGGGUCUACGUGCGAAGCUUGUGGGAAACGAGUUUGGGGACCUGGGGUUUCUGGUAAUGUUUUUGAGGCCUGGGAAGAGAAGCAGGCUAUUGAAAACAAGAGACGGGAGCAAAAGAAGGCCGCUUUGCUCAACCAGUCUAUGACGCGCGGAAAGGGCAAAGGUGAUUUGUCGCAAGAGACCGAAUCUUAUGCCGGAAAGGGGAAGGGCAAAAGCACGGAGCGAAGCGAUGGUCCAGGCUCAGCGGAGGGACAUGCCGCUAACGGUGAACAGGGCAUUCACGGCUCUGCUGUCGAGCCAAAUGGAGAUGAUUAUGGGAAGAGGAAAGACCAACCCCUAGGUCCGCUCGUCGUCUUAGCUUGUAGGCACAUAUACCACAAAGCUUGCCUAGACGCACUGCAAGCGAAGGAGGCAGCAAAAGGUGACCCCAGAGAAGUGGACGAGUUCGGUCGCGAGAGGGAAUACAGAUGUCCUAUUGACGGUUAGGAUAAAGAAAAAGGAUAAGACGGAUGUGGGUUUGGCCGUUGUAUUUACGAAUGUACACUACGACAGUUACAAGCCGUCGACACUCGAUAGAGCCACUUAUAAAUAUAAUAUCGGAGAGAUUUAACAUACGGACCUAACCUAUGGACCGAACCUAUCUCCAUCGAACAUAUCCGUGGGAAUCCGUAUCCACACAAUCUAUAUACAUGAUGCAUACUAACGAACACAACAAGCAAGAGAAAGAAGACAAACGAAAAAGAAAGAAAACGGCAAAAGAAAUGUAAAAAAAAACGUACAACACCGGGGAUUCGCCGGUCGUCACCGACCCGACUACUAGUCCGGCAAUAUGCAGUUUAUCUAUGGGAGAGCGGACGGGAUCCCGAGUUUUCUACAUUUUAUGGCCGUACGUGGAAGAAGAGUGCUUAAUUGUGAGUUAUAUCUUCCUCUUCUGAAGUAAGGGGGAAAAGGGGGGAGGUACUUGCACCCACAUCCCUCCCCACAAAACAAACUUAGGUAAAGCUAAGAGGUACCUAUCUCUUUUUUUUACUCCGCAGAAACCUUAACGAGAUACAGUUUGUCAUUAGAAUAAUGGUAAUUAUUAUUAAUUUUAUAAAAGGAUACU